GUUUGACGUCACUAAGCAAGGAGUGCGUCUCUCUCUUUACCGCUAUCACCCCGCAGUAUUCGAGGCCUUUUUUUCGAUAAUAUUAUGGCUAAAGGUGACACGCAACGAUGUAGGCUUACUAAGACUUGAGCUCCGCAUCGCGAACCCGUACCUUGCGUACCACUCGAGUGAUGCCGAGGCCUGGCUGACACGGAUGAACAAAGGUUUUCCAUUUGGCUCGUUGCAUGGCAUGCCGUUGAACGCCGAUAUUUCGCAUAUUUUGACUCUUCUUCGUCCAGUCAGCAUUGUUUGAUCGCACUCUUCGCGAGGCUUAAAUGCUACAUAAGGAGACCGUAGUAUGAUCCCCAUUCCACAUCGCCUGUGCCAUGCUCAUCAUGGUAUUCCUUCUGUAUUGUGCUCUCUUGGCCACUGCUGCAGCUCCCGAGGACCAACUGGGAAAAACUAGGCUCAUUGGAAGGGAUGUUGCAGGUUCACAGCAAGAAUUCUUUGGAGGUAUUCCAUUCGCUGAGCCCCCAGUUGGAGCGUUGCGUUUGCAGCGUCCUAUACCGAAAACCAAUAUCGACGCCGAUGAAUCUGAUGCCCAGGAUUUUGGACUACCCUGUCUAGUACAGCGUGGCCUUGAUUUGGGAGCAUUAUCAGAGGAUUGUUUGACCAUCAACAUAUUUCGGCCGAAGGGAACGUCUUCUAAAGACCUCUUGCCUGUGAUGUUCUGGACCUACGGUGGCGGUUUCUAUGUAGGCGCUGCCUCGUUCUACAAUGGAAGCAAUAUUGUUGCCCAGAGUGUCGCCAGAGGCACUCCCAUUAUCUAUGUGAACCAUAACUACCGGUUAGGUCCACUCGGCUUCCCUCAAGGGCAGGAGGCCGACAAUAGAGGACAGCUCAACCUUGGAGUCAGAGAUCAGCUAGCCGCCUUGGAAUGGGUUCAAAAGAAUAUUGGUUUGUUCGGUGGUGACCAAACCAAAGUGACGAUUUUCGGAGAAAGUGCUGGAACAAUAUUGACGAACCUCCUGUUUCUACACCCUUCGAUUUCUAACUUGGCCCGGGCUGCAAUCUUUGAGUCUGGUUCUGCAUCUUCACCCGCAAUUUAUAAUGCGUCUACACGAGAAUCUGUAUGGCAGAGUUUUGUAGCCGGGACACCAGGCUGCGAAUCCGUCGCUGGUACAGGAAACACUUUUGACUGCCUGCGGGCGGCGAAUUCAUCUGCUAUAUAUGAAGGAUUUGUUGAGGCUUAUGAGUUGGCCAACGAAAUGUAUCCUUUUACUCCCGUACUGGACGGUCCUUCAGGUCUUCUUCCCGAUUUUCCUUCACGUCUCUGGGCAAGGGGCGAGUUCGCUAUGCUUCCCUUCAUAUCAGGUACCAACCUCGAUGAACGGACACGCUUCUUGUCGACGAAUCGGAGCUACACCGAUGAGGACAUUAAGGAUUACAUGGCAACCACUCACUCAUCUUUCCCACCUUACAUCUCUGGUGCUAUCCUGGAACGACUUCUCGAAUUGUAUCCCGAUGACCCUUCUGUUGGGUCACCUUAUAAUACUGGAGAGGAAACUUUUGGGUUGGCUUCAGGCUUUAAGCGAGUGGCAUCAAUAAGUCGGCACUGUCUUUCGCUUUCAAUGCAUUGCACUCACUUAUCUUUUUUAGCCGGGGACUUGAUCUUUGAUGCUCAAUGUCGGACAUGGACACAGGCUGCUGCCCAAGCCGGCGUGAAAGCUUACGGAUAUCAAUUCACACAGAAUACAUCGUUGUACCCGCCUGAAUGGGGAGUUCCUCAUGCAUCUGACGAGACCUCUUCAUCGAUGUUGUUGAGUGAAAUGAUGAUUGAUUAUUGGGUUUCAUUUGCUGCGAGCUUGGAUCCCAAUGACGGCUUAGGGAUGUCUCGUCCCUUCUGGCCACAAUACAUGCCGGGGAAUGCGGUGCUCUUACAAUUGAGUGGCGACAAUGUGACUGUCAUUCCGGAUGACUAUCGGAAGGAACAGAUCGAGUACCUUAGAGAUAACGCUGACGCUUUUCACCGGUAAAGCAUGGGUGAUCAGUAGCUUUCUCUUGUCCAAUUUCAAUAUGCAUAACAUGUGUUUGGAUGUCGUCUACUGAAGAUAUGCAUAAGAGUCGUUGAAGGAAUAUGAGUACUUUGGCUCUCUUUUUGUAACCCUACAAGUCGUUGAAUUUCCGCUGUAGCCGAGGAAAGCCUGUCGCCGAAAGCUUCUAGCCAAGCCUGACACGGAGAACGGGAGGCUCGGGGUUUAGGUCCUGGAAGCAUAGCCGCAAGACGUGUAAGGCCUUUGUAUAGACCGCUGGACGUUGAAGGAACACUGGACUUUGUGAUGAGAAGGCCAGACAGCGCACAGUCACGACAUCCUUGUGUGUCUGAUUCGAUGAAAAUAGAUCUUCCUUCGUGUUGAGGUAUUCCGGUAGUUCAUUGGGUAGGCAUACCCAUGGGUUCGCUUUAUUUCCUGUUUCUCUCUUUCGUGCCCCGUCAAGGGUUGCCGAGG